UUCAAAUUUUCAUGGAUAAUUCGUCAUUACUGCACCUUACAUGUUCAUCAAAAUGAUAUUAUGUUUUUGUAAUGAUACUUUUAAUAGUCGUUUAAAAUCCGCUUAAGGUCCCCUAUAGGCCCAUUUGAAAUGAAGACUCCGAAAAUUAUGGAUUUCUGAUGGCACUGGAAGAUCUCAGCUGAUUUAAAUAUUUUCAGAAACAAAUUCACAACAAAGACGUAAUAUUUAUAUUUUCUGUUAAAUUUAAUUUUUAAAUUCAUUUCAAAAUUUUAUUUGAGUUUUAUUCGUUUAAAGUUUUUUCAUAAAAGAUGUUAAAUAUCCUUCAUCGAUCAGUUAAAUCAUUUUCUGUACGAAGAUACACAACGAAUCUUGCUCAACCUACCGCUGUUAGAAUUGUAGAGGUAGGCCCACGAGAUGGACUUCAAAAUGAACCUACGCUUUUGCCAACUGAAACUAAAAUAGAACUUAUCAAUGCCCUUUCAAAUACCGGACUCCGCUCAAUCGAAGUCACAAGUUUUGUCAGUGCCAAAUGGGUUCCACAAAUGGGAGACAAUGCAGAGGUGUUUCAGCGCAUUAACAAACUUCCGGGUAUCAGUUAUCCCGUUCUGACACCAAAUUUAAAAGGAUUUCAAACGGCGCUAAAAGUUGGUGCAGAAGAAGUUGCUGUUUUCGGAGCCGCAUCUGAAAGCUUCACUAAAAAGAAUGUGAAUUGUUCAAUCGAGGAAAGUCUUAUUCGUUUUCAAGACGUAAUGGAUGCUGCAAAAAAGACACAUGUAAAAGUUAGAGGAUAUGUGUCCACUGUCGUAGGUUGCCCAUACGAAGGAAAAAUCAAACCAUCUGCAGUAGUUCGUGUAGUAGAUAAACUUCUAGAAAUGGGAUGUUAUGAAAUAUCUCUAGGAGACACGAUCGGUGUUGGUACACCAGGAAGUUUUUCGAGAAUGCUCAGUGAAGUAACUAAAAUUGCACCUGUUAGUAUGCUAGCCGUACAUUGUCAUGAUACGUACGGACAGGCUCUUCCUAACAUUUUAACAUCACUAGACUUCGGAGUCGCAGUAGUGGACGCUUCCGUCUCUGGUCUCGGAGGAUGCCCUUACGCUAGAGGUGCCUCUGGUAAUGCUGCUACGGAAGAUGUGGUUUAUAUGUUGCACGGGCUUGGAGUAGAAACUGGAAUUGAUUUACCUAAGCUGGUAAAUGUUGGCAAAUUCAUUUGCGAUAAACUUAACUGGCGAUCCGAAUCCAAAGUAAAUCGUGCCAUGAGAAAAACAAACACCAAUGCUUGAUUUGAGAUUGAUUUUUGAACCUAUCGCACAAGUACCAGCUGUUACAUGCAUUUAUACUGCUAAAUUUUAUAGAUUUAUUAGAUCAUAUAUAUUUUUUACAUAUAAGUUAA